AUGGUCGCCUCCUCGCUCUUCGCGGCCGUUGUCUCCCUCUUCGCCCUCGGUGCCAGCGCAGCCCCAAAGGCCCUCCAACCCCGUCAAAGUGGCGCAGACCUCAUCGGCCUGUACAUCGACACCACCGCCUUCGACACAACCUACCUGCAGACCUCGCACGUCUCCUACGCCAACACCUCCGCCUACAUAGGCCAGAUCAAGUACCAAUCGUACGCGGAGCCCUUGGUCGUCAGCGCCUUCACCGCCACCGACUCCUCAUCAAACGGCGUCUCCUUCCUCUCCAUCCACCAGAGCCCGACGGGAUUUCAGAACAUGUACAUCAUCCCCGAAGAGACUCAGCCCGUAGGUUUCAGCGUGCCCCACGGCAGCGCGCCCCAGGGCGUCAGCACAACGCGGUUCUCUUUCGGUGCUGACGGCGCGUUACUCCAUGAGGGUGUCAACAACUUUUAUGCCUGUCAGAAUGCGGAACAGGCGGCGAUGAAUAGCUUUCAGAUUUGGUGGUUCGGGGCGGGGCAGCCGAAUGGGGUGGGGUGUAAGGGGCCGGUUAGGAUCGUUGCGGGCGAUGCGUGCGCGAGGACUUGA